AUGAGGAGCACUCAACCCAUGGUUGGUGGAUUGCGCGGGGAAACGGAGAACCUCGCCGCGAAAGAGCUGUUGCGUUUGGAGGCCUUGUUGGAAUUAGAUGAGGCUUACGACCUUGGUCGGUGGGGAACGGCGUAUUGCAGCUAUUCCCUGCGUGGGUGGGUCUUUCAGGCAGAGCUGACCAGCUUCCUCAACCAGCUGCAUGCUGCCACGUCGCAGCUGGGGGUGGCCGUCAGUGACAUGCAGAGCAGUGUGGAGCACCAGGAGCAACGCUCGCGGCAACGACUCCAGUUCACGAUGGUCUUGGCUUCGGCGGGCCGGGUCUUCCGCGCCCUCUCGACGAACUUGAUGGUGCAGAUGCCUGGCCGGAACGCCCAAGAUGCUGAAAGCGGCGCGACCGGCGUGUCCCUUGAGCUGCGCGGGGAGCCUGCAGGAUCGGAUGCUGGAUUUGUGGCGGUUUCUAAUCUGGAAUUUAAGGAUGCAGUGAGUGCCUUUUUGCAGGAGGUGACGACCUUCCUUCAGCAAACCGACUUCGCCGCCACGCCUGGCGCGACAGAUCGCUACCCUCACCUCAGCUUGCUGCUGCGCGGGCCAGAGAUGGCCAGAGGCUUCAAGACCAUCAGGUUCAAGAGGGCAGAGGUUCUGGCAAUGCCAGCGGAAAACCUGGCCCAGACUGUGGUCACCAGCUGCUGGGGGCCCACCAUCGAUCAGUUCUUCCAGGUACGUGCCUGGAGUGCCGCUGGCAUGGGGCAAUGGAGCGCGUCGAGCGAAGCCAUGCAGGUCGAUCCUGUGAGGCCCGCCCAGCCGCAGCCGCCCGAGCGCUUCGACUUGCUGCCACGCUCGGUGGUCGUGCACUGGAAAGCGUCGGAGAGCGGCUUGGCGGGCGAAGGAGGCUAUGCCGAGUCCCGUGACAUGAGCCGCAGUUGCGAGGUCACGGGCAUCAAGGCGACCGGAGAGAGGGGCGAUGCCAGCAGCUUCCCAGUGACGAGCCUUCGACCAGCGCAGACCUACUACUUUCAGGUGCGCUGCAUCAACCUGAUGGGCACCUCCGAUUGGUCGGAUCCCUCGAUGCCGGUGAAGAUCAAGCAGGACCCGGUCCGCUCCGGUUCUGAUCGAGAAGUCUGCUUGGUCCUCAAGGGACGUCAAGGCGUGCCCGGCCUCCGUCAGAUCUCAGACUCACGACAGACCUUCUAUUCUGAUAUCUUGGGUGGAAACAGUGGAGCCUAUGGGCGUGAGGAGUUCCAGCCAUCGACCAUCCAGCCACCGUUUUGGCUCGAGCCGAUGGGAGCCCAGCUUCUCCGGGAUGUGGUCCAAGAAGACGAGACGUUGCAUGCAACGGUCCGCCGGCCGCGCAUUGUCUCCAACCGGCGAGCCCACGCCUUUGCAUGCAUUUGCAUGGAUGGCUCGGUGCUUGCUUGGGGCGCUCAGGCCGCAGGAGAUUGCAGCCAUGUGCGAGAUCAGCUGAAAGAGGUGACCUCCCUGAGCGCCACCGCCGGUGCUUUCGCAGCACUUCUGGAGAACGGCGAGGUCGUCACCUGGGGCGAUCACAUCUUCGGCGGUGACACGAGCUCGUUGAGAAGCACGCUGAAGGAGGUCAGAGAGGUUCAGGCCACUGCCAUGGCCUUCGCCGCUUUGCGCGCAGAUGGGACAGUCAUCACCUGGGGCAGCAGCCAUGUGGGCGGCAACUGCAGCCGUGUUCAAGGCCACCUUCGGCAAGUCCAAAAGCUUUUUGCAUCUGCCGGGGCUUUCGCGGCUUUGCGGGCAGACCAAACUGUGGUGACCUGGGGCCAAGCAGACUUCGGGGGCGACAGCAGCCAAGUGCAACACCUACUGAGGAAUGUCCGGUGCAUCCAGCCCUCCUCCUUUGCCUUCGCUGCCAUCUUGGAAAAUGGCUCCGUGGUGACAUGGGGAGAGCCGAUGUCCGGUGGAGAUUGCAGCCGUGUGAGGCAGCACCUUCAGGAUGUACAGCAGGUUUUUGGCAGACCCAGACCGCAAUGCAGCGAUGGCGAACAGCAAGUACUGCACCAUGUGGGAAGGUGUAAGGGCUUUCUCGAUCAUGUCAUGUCCGCAUUGGUUCUUGAUUCGUUUUGUGGCUACCGCUGGCCUACGGAAGGUUGA